AUGCCUUAUAGUUUAAGUGAAGAACACAGAAAAUUGACCGAAAGUCAUUUAUCUGAAUUUGAUCCUGAAGUCGACCAAAUCAUCAAAGACGAAAUUGAAAGACAAAAACAUUCAAUUGUUUUAAUUGCAUCAGAAAAUUUCACCACCACUUCUGUUUUCGAUGCUUUAGGAACUCCAAUGUGUAACAAAUAUAGUGAAGGUUACCCAGGAGCUAGAUAUUACGGUGGUAAUGAACAUAUCGACAGGAUGGAAUUAUUGUGUCAAGACAGAGCUUUAAAGGCUUUUAAUGUUACUUCCGAUAAAUGGGGUGUCAACGUUCAAACUUUAUCUGGUUCUCCAGCUAAUUUACAAGUUUACCAAGCUUUGAUCAAACCUCAUGAAAGAUUGAUGGGUUUGGAUUUACCUCAUGGUGGACAUUUAUCUCAUGGUUACCAAACCGACUCAAGAAAGAUAUCUGCCGUCUCAACUUAUUUCGAAACCAUGCCUUAUAGAGUUGAUUUGGAAACUGGCUUAAUUGAUUACGAUAUGUUAGAAAAAACUGCUUUGUUAUUCAGACCAAAGAUCUUAGUUGCCGGUACAUCUGCUUAUUGUAGAUUAAUUGACUAUAAAAGAAUGAGAGAAAUUGCUGACAAAGUUGGUGCCUACUUGAUUGUCGAUAUGGCUCAUAUCUCUGGUUUAAUUGCUGCUGGUGUUAUCCCAUCACCAUUCGAAUAUGCUGACGUUGUUACCACCACCACUCAUAAAUCAUUGAGAGGUCCAAGAGGUGCUAUGAUCUUCUUCAGAAGAGGUGUUAGAUCAAUCAACCCAAAAAACGGUGAAGAAAUCUUAUACGAUUUGGAAAAUCCAAUUAAUUUCUCUGUCUUCCCAGGACACCAAGGUGGUCCUCAUAAUCAUACCAUCUCAGCUUUAGCUACCGCUUUAAAACAAGCUGCUACCCCAGAAUUCAAAGAAUACCAAACUCAAGUUUUGAAAAAUGCUAAAAUCUUAGAAUCUGAAUUUAUCAACAAAGGUUACCAAUUAGUUUCAAACGGUACUGACUCCCACAUGGUUUUAUUAUCUUUAAGAGACAAAAAGAUCGAUGGUGCCAGAGUCGAAAGUGUUUGUGAAAAGAUCAAUAUCGCAUUAAACAAAAACUCCAUUCCAGGAGAUAAAUCUGCUUUGGUUCCAGGAGGAAUCAGAAUCGGUGCUCCAGCCAUGACCACUAGAGGUUUAGGUGAAGAAGAUUUCAAGAAAAUUGUUCACUACAUCGAUAGUGCUAUAAAAAUCGCUAAGAGUAUCCAGGAUGGUUUACCUAAAUCUGCCAAUAAGUUGAAAGAUUUCAAAAAUACCGUUUUCAAUGUUGAAAACCAAGAUUUGAUCAAUUUGAAGAAUGAGAUUAGUGCUUGGGCUGGUGACUUCCCAUUAGCAACCUAA